AUGGCUUUCAAUUUCGACAGCGGACAGUUUAACAAAGAGUCGACACCAAAACGGCUUGGGAACUGGGAGGUACCACGUUGGGCACCAUCGCGCGCUCGACCUUUAGAGAUGCGGGCGAACCCGAAACCCAUCUGUGACAUCAACGGCCGCUUUCUGCCCGGUGCUCCUAGAGGCACGUCUAGAUGCUUCGGGCAUUUUACGGGUACAUGGGAUUUGCCAAGGAAGAUUACCAGGAAAGUGGCUGAGGAGUUAGCGAAAGAGCCGCCGGAUGGGCGUUUCUCGGAUUGGUUAAAUCCUCGUGUACAAAGACCGAAGGCUGCUGCGACGGCAACGGGGCGCUUGCGCGGUGGGAAACGCGCCAAAGGAAAGGAGGAUGUUAAAGAAAAUGGAAACACACAGACAUUUGUACCUCGCCAAUGUCCAUUUCAUAGUCGCCUUCGUAAAGUGAACAAAAGUAAAAAGUAAAUUGCACCAGCACUUCC